AUGAAGACAGAGCCAAGCUGUGUGGAGACGCCAGAGACUCUCCAGGAGGCCAAAGACUUGCUCCAAAAAGCGGUGCGCGGACACAAGGAUGCCCCGGAGGAGCAAGACGAAAGCAAUUACGUCGAUUUGGAGUCAGUGGACGUGAAUCCAGGUGGGACAAAUCCGGAGAACGACUGUGGCGUGGUCAAUGAAACCAAUAUUCAAACUAAGACAACAAAUAAUUCUGGCAUUUGGAAAUGCGAAGAAGAUGUCCAGGAGGGUCCCUCGGAUCUAUCACACCUCCCCUGUCUGAACGCAAAGUCAGAGCUUUGCUUCAAAUCUGGAGACGAAGGCGAGCGCGCCAUGACGCAGCCCGAGGUGUCUCCAGAAGACAAAGCCCCUCCACGAGCUCAGGGAUUACACCGCAGUGAUCAUUAUCUGGACGGGAGAAGUGAGUCGGAUGAUUUUGAGGAGGAUGACGAUGUUAGUUUGGUGCUAUCCGACGACUGCGUCCCGUGCGUAACGGAGGAUGAGUCCCAUUACAUUACCACGCACGAGAUCCAGGUCUCGGAGCUCUCUGACCACGAUGAGGAUUACCUCGGGGUGGGCUCCUCCACCAGCUGGGACGUCGAGAAUGACAACCAGGUGUACUCUUUUGUCGAUUACGCCUCAUCGGAAGGUGAUGCGGCGGUGGGGGAGAGGGGGGACGCCCGCCAGCCUCGCUCUCAGGGCGGAGCAGCAGCAGUCAGCACUCUGCUUGAAAGUGAUCCGUGCGACGGGGCCAAGUUUACAAGCUCAGAUGAGAGUGUGUCAAAGCCCCAGCAGCAGCAGCAGCAGCGGCGCAGUGGCAGCAGUGUGGGACAGAUCCACCUGUCAAUCAGAACCACUUCUCGAGCUAUAAAUGACCCUGGCAGCAUCCAAGAACAGGGGAAUAUACUCCAUCAUGCCAGGCGCUCCGGGGAUACGAGUCGCUAUGUGUUUAGGGGGGUUGAUGGGAAGGCAGAGGCGGUGUGUGACAGGGCGAAGUGUUUCAUAGCCGCGCCCGGACGCUGGCACUUUGGCCGCACAUUCAGAGGGAAAGAGGUCGCCGGGUGUUCCAGCGGUGCAUCCAGCGAGCCGGACGACGCUGACAAGGAGGUGCGCAACCUGACAGACAAAUCCUUCAAGAGCCUGGCAUAUCCUUACGUUGAUGCCAUCAAUGUCAGCGCCUCCAGCGAGUCCUCUGCAUCAGGGAUCAACAGGUGGGCCACGUUUGUUGACCUGCAAUAUGGCAAAAUGAACAUGUCACGGGGACUGGACCAAAGUGUGGGUUCCCAUCAAAACUCACUGGCUUCUUUUGAAAUAGCCAAGAAUAGAGACAAUAAAGGUUACAAGGGCAUCGCGCUGGCGAGCAUCAAACCGCCCCCCAGCAAGGUCUUCACUCUGAAUGGCGACCCCCACCGCGCAUCGUCAUCCAAACAAAUGGAGCUGAUGGGGGGCCACAGCGGAGUGAUUACACUCACGGAGACUCUGAAUUUCCGUUGCAAUGUCAAAUCAGGAAUGUCUGGGGGAGAAAGGAUCACUAAGUUUGCACACAACGCUGCAGGAUCACGUUCCACAGAUGAAGUAACCAACAGUUUACCAAGGAGAGGGGCCAGCAAGUCGCCCUCUAACACCAUGGAAGACACGCACAAGAAAGCCACAUUUGCAUCGAGCAUGAUCCAAAAUGUGAUUUCUAAAAAGAUGCAGUUCGAGCAGGAGCGGAAGAUGGAACGAGGGGAGAUAAGCGAGCGGCACCCGACGCCCUCCCCGUGCUUCGUGCACCAGGAGAGCGACGGACACCGGGAGAGGGGGUGCAGGGAGCUGCGCAGACGGAGCUCCAGGUUAUCCGAGAGCAGCGCCGAGUACGCCAUAAUGUGCGUGGAUGAGUCGGGGGACUUCGUGGCCAAUGAAGCUGGGAUCGCAGCUCCAAAAGGUGAGUUGGACGCGUCCAAAAGCCCGCUGCAUCGCAGCCAACAUAGCGCCUUCAGAUGCUGGAAGGACGAGGAGCUCGAGCUCCCAGAGGAUCAUGAACACGAUCAAACUCCGGAGAAGGCGCCCUGGGCUGACCACGGAGAGGGCGAGCAGUCCUCAUCGGGAAGAGGCAAAGUGACUAAAAUGUCACAUUUGUUUGUGCCAAGUAUCCAAAUGCUAUUUGAGAAGAAUAGCAUUAGAGAAGCCGCACAGCAGCUGCAGAACAGGAAUGAUUGCCCAUAUGGAGACGGAGGAGAGAUCCAACUGCGCCCUGACAACACGUCACACAGCGCGGCGACAUCUAAAUGUCCGGAAAUUAAAAUGAACUUGAGGAGCGUUAGAGACAAUAAAACAGAGCCGUUUGGCGUCUCCAGACCGCGCGCUCCUAAUAUAGACAGUGACGUCAGACCGGAGCACACACAGAGCCAGGCGCUGGCUGCGGCUCUGAAGGCUGAGUCCUCAGACAAAGUGCCGCAUUUCAUGGUUAGAGACAUCAGAGAUAACAAAGCGACGCUGCAGACGCCCAUUUACCAAGUGAGAGACGUGCGUAAAAUGGUCAAAAGUUCCUAUCACUGUGUCUCUUUGGAUAACAACGAACAUAAAUCUGACAGCCACUCAGAGCAAAACAAGCAAAUGUCCUCUCGGAAUCCUAAUUCAGUGUCCCCUAUCGUGAUCAAGUGUCAGUCUGUGAAUACAACCAGUUACGGGAAACAGUUAUCUCAACAGGAGCUGUUUGACACGGACAGGUCGUCUCCACAGGGCGACAACAAUGCUCUGCUGCAAAGAACAGCAGGGAGAGCACCCCUAGGUGUCUCCAAGGAUUCCUCAGAUGGAGACAUUGGGCUCAGAAUUAGAAGCAGAGCGGCUUCAAUGAAGCAGGAAAAAAUAUCAGACAUCACAGAUAAGAAACCUGAGUCAAAGAUUGCGAACCAGGGGCCUUUGGAAAAACUCCAGGCUGCGGUGAAAACCAUGGAGCAGUUGUAUAAAUUUGAAAAAAAUGAAUGGAAAAGGAAGAAUGAGCAACAUCUACUGACAGACAGCCACGUGCUCUCCCUGAUAGCCUGUGAGGAGCACGGAGGACUGGAGGAGGACAGCAGGAUAGCGUCCAGCAUGGACAGGACAGCCAGAAGAGACUCCUAUCUCGACAAUGACAAGACGCCACCAGCACCAGCACCGGCGGCGUUCCCUGCAACUGACUGCAGCCUGCUGCGGCAAGAGGACAACGACCUCCCCGUGGUCUUCCAGACUCCUGGCAGCCGAGAGGACAGGCUGGUUGCGAGGUCAAUGCAAGGGAACAAAAACAUGUUCAGCCUCAGCUCUAGCCUCAAGUCCCAGCGAAACACCAUCACGCAGACACCUUUCAGCACCAAAAGCUGUGUCCCCAAGUCCCCCAAAUUGCCCGUGUCCUUAAAAGAAAGCCGAACGAAGCCAAGUGUAAAUGAAGGAUCCAAAUCAAAGGAGGCCGAGUGGUCCACACAGGAGCUCUUUAGGGCCUCAGCUGACAACAAGAACUACCUCACCAUUCCGGUAAAGUCUCACGCCAGCAGCAAAAAACAAGCCUCAUCUGCUGAUCAAACGUCAGUGUACACAUUUACCACCCCAACUCAACCAACCACUACUUCAAGACUCAUGGGAUCCGGUGCCAGGGUCUUUGAAGAACACAACCAGUCCCCUGAACGGUCCAGCAUUGUGAUGGACACACGUUCACCUGAGUUCCCUCCUGCUACCAUCUACCACUCUUUGCCAUUGGGCAUAUCCACCAAUCAGCCUCAGGUGUAUUGCUUCUCUCCAGCGAUCACCCCUGCUCCCACUCUGGACCCCUUCCAGGCCACCCAGAGGAAGAUGCUCCUGGAUCCCACCACUGGGAGCUACUACCUGGUGGACACUCCUGUGCAGUCGGCCACCAAGCGCCUCUUUGACCCCGAAACUGGCCAGUAUGUGGACGUGCCCAUGCCGCAAUCUCCCAUGACCCCGCUGCCCAUGCCAAUCUCACCUUUGGCCCUCAGUCCAGGAGCAUACGGACACACCUACAUGAUCUACCCGGGCUUCAUGCCGACACCAUCUGUGAUCCAGGCCCGGACGCUGGUGCAGUCGCAGAUGUCGAUGCAGUCGGAGGCGGAGGGUGGAGGGAAGGCCCUGUCCCAGCAGGCUGAGGGCAUGUACAUGGACAGUCCCUGCUACAUAGCGGCCUACGGGGCUCAACAGCAGGCCGCCAUCAACAGGCCGCCGCAGGGCUUCUCCGGCGGCAAGCAGCCGGUCAUCAGCUUCGGCUCCCAGCAGGAGCCCCGGAUCAUGGCUCCGCCCUCAUUUGACGGGACCACCAUGAGCUUCGUGUUGGAGCACAGAUGA